AGCACACACACCAAUGCUACACCCUCUCUGCUGCACCGGGGCGGCAGGGCGUGUACAUUAUGUGCCGCUGCGAAGGCUCGGUGCUCUGGUGAUGUCCAAUGCACUCGUUGCCAGGAGCGUGCGACUGAAUGUGUCUACCCAGCUGGAGCAGAGGCAACUCCAUCGAAUACUGGCCAGACCGUUGCCCCGUCUCCGAGCCCGGCCGCGCAUCAGUUUCAAUAUCCGCCACAGACCCACGGUAAUCAACCACUGCCUCCGCAGGGCUCCUUCCACAGCGCCGCAAACAUGGCAGACGCCAGUCUAAUGGGCGGAUUCGAUUUCUGGCAUGAGAACGUCGUCUCCAGCACAAACUGGCUCGAAGUUCUGGAGCAUGGCGAUCUUGCUCACUGCAACUAUAGCCCGUUCCCUGGUUUCGGAAAUCCCAUUGCCAAUCAACAGGGCUUUGUCGAAGCGACGCCCCAUCCGCAAGCUCUGCAAAAUCCCCACACACAUGUUGCGAAUCAAUCUCAGGCACAUAGCAACUCUCCGGAGAGUAUAUUCUCGACAUCUUCGAAUGCUGUUGCGGACAGCAUCACGAGUCAUGGAAGCCAGAACGAACCAUUGCCGAAGCCUGGAGCUUAUUACGUGGAUGGUGAACCCGCGAGGCACCCUAGAGUGAAACGACGCAAAACUUCUACUACCAGACGCUCUACUGACCUGACGAGUCCACACUGCUUGUCCUUACGGAUACCCGAUGGCCUGCUUGCUGGUGCGGAAGACUUUUUCAAGAUCAAUUCGGCAACCUACAACGACCUCCAAAACCUCUACCGGCAGCAUUGUAUCGAAUGUCCCCAGCCAUGGCCGUCCUAUGAACCGAUUGCUUUACCCGCGCAGGAAGUCUUCGAACAUUUUCUGGGGCUCUACUUCAAGCAUUUCGAUCAGAUUCUGCCUUUUUUGCAUCAAAGCACGCUCAACACUGGUCCUCAGAACAGUAUACUCGUGCUGGCUAUGGCGAGUCUCGGAUGCCAGUAUCUGCCUGAAGGCGCAGUAUCAGCAUCACUGGCGGAUUCAUUCCACGAGAUGACACGUCGCUGCAUACUCUACGCCAGGGAAGAUGCCUCGACGACCUUGGCCAGAGACUUGGUCGGCAGUGGCGUUGAAGUUUUGCACAUCGUAGGUGCGGCACAUGGGAGCGAUAAAAGACUGAUCAAAUCUGCUAUGGAGAUGCGGUCAAGACUAGGUGAGGUCGUGACCGACUGUGUACGUCAAGCCGGCGCCGAUGUUGCUCCAGCGACUGGUGGUCCAACGAGCAACAUUUCAUGGUCAAGUUGGGUACGGCGAGAGAGCAAGUUGAGACUGGCUCAUGCUGCUUGGUUACUGGACGCGAAACUCGCGUAUGAGUUCCAGCAGAGCCCUCUCUUUUCUUUACGAGACAGUACUUUGCCUCUACCAUGCCACGAGAAGCUGUGGCAGGCAGAGACGGAGCAGGAAUGGCAGUCGCACCGCUCGUUUGACACACGACAGCCUGACCUCUGCACUGCUUUGCAGGAGUUAUACGUGGACAAGAAACUACCACACGAACGAGGCGAGUUUGCACGAAUCAUCACGAUACACGGUCUCUAUCACCGAAUUUGGGAGUGUGCACGCUACUUCAGCAACCCUCUCAGCCAAUGGACACCUACGGCAAGCCGCCAGUUGAGUGGAGACGUGCUGCCAUCGACCCCAGUGUGGCUUCCUGGUGUACCGGCCUUCGUCAAAUGGCAGAAUGUGACCUGCGAUGCUCUUGACAUCUUGCACUGGCAAGCGAACGCUACCAUUGGACAAGCUAGUGGCCUUGAGCACCCUACUGUAUUGCAUUUACACCUUGCAAGAACGGUAUUACUGACUCCAUACGAAAACAUUGUAAGCCUGGCUCAGCACGUGGCGAAUGGAACGGCGCACCUCGAUACUGCGAGGACAGAUCAGCAGAUUAUCACCCGGUGGGCUUCUCAGCAUCAGUUUAAAGCAAGACUGGCCGCCAUACAUGCAGGUGUGGUCUUUUGGCACGUCCGCAGAUACACUAUCGAUGCCUUUCACGAAGCUCCGGCCGUUGGUCUGGCUGCUCUGGUUCUCUGGGCUUUUGGCACAUUUUCCAGCCGGAGCAAGAGUUUGGCGAGCGGCUCGGGAACACAACAGACAACCGCAAAACGCCAUCAUCAACCACAACAAUCGGAGCACCAACUUCCUGGCGAGAAUGAAGCAGAGCAUAGCAGCAGUGACGACGCUACAUGCGAGAUCAUACUCAUUGAUCGUCCCACCGAUGACGAACUCGUCCAGACUUUCAUCCGCAACGGACACAAUAUGCAAGCACAUCUUACCGGCGUCGGAGACCUCUACGCUGCCCGCGGACCCGAGCGAGUUCUGGCGCAAGCAUGUAAACUGCUGGCUUCUCUCAGGUGUUGGGGCGUGAAUGCUGCUUGGUUGCAGCUAUUGCAGGGAGUUGUCGAUACCUGUCGCAGGGCUAGAUCGGAUUGAUCUACUGAGCGUUCGAGUUCUGUUCGCGGCCGCAAUUCAACGAGCUGCAGUUGCAAUGCCUGGAAAGUUCCCGAAGUUUUAAAUUACUCACGCAGUUAUGCCAAACACUUCAGUCGAUUGCUGCAAGCUUGUAUGGCUUUCAAUGAUGGGCGAGGAUGUUUGUCAUGCGAAAUGCAACAGCAACCAAAAGCUCCGAUAAAAGUCACAACUACUUGGCUGAUGGGUGGUCUUUCCUCCCUCUCACGUUCAACGUGCCAUCUUGUUUCUACGAGGCCCACAUGCCAAUUUUCUUUUGGUAUGAGAUCAUGGAACUUGGAGCAUUGAUUAUCCGUCGAUGUCCCUUCUCUAUACCCACUAAUCAGCCAAUGCUUAUCGCUAUACUCGCGGAAGGGUGAAUGUAUUAGAUGAUGGCCCGGGCCUCGAUUGGUGAACGCCACCUGCACUUGUUCACUCCGCAGCCCGCGUUUCG